AAGAGAAUUCAGUGGAUACACAGUGUUGAUAAACAUUAAAAUUAUCGUUAAAAUUACGCCAGGAUUUUAAUGAAAAUUGUGAAAAAUGACUAUGUUUUUCCAAAAAUGCUGCCGGCUUUGUCUCGAUGAGACAAAGACGCGCAUGGAGAUACAAACGGUCGAUUCGUUACCUGAAAUGCUAGAGCGGUUAUACGGUUUGAAGUUCGACAGUGAUGAUAAAUGUAGUAGAAGCAUAUGUACCGACUGCUGCGACGAAACAAAGGAAACCCACAAAUGGCUAAAGUUUUACGAGGAACAGAAACAGGCUAUCGCCGCCAAUCAGCAACGUUUUCAGGAAGAAUUAGUCCAGCAGUUGGGACCCGAGGAGGCGGCAAGCUCACCUGUUCCUACCAAGGUGACACCAACAAGCAGGGCGGAGCGUGUUAGCAGAAGAUCCGCUAACAAAUCUACCGAGCCGGAGCGGCCGGUUUCGGUCUCGGUGAAGAAAGAGCGCAUCGUGACUCGUAGUAAAAAGGAACAGGACUGGGAGCCUCCGUCGUCGUCGUCUGGUAAGAGAUAUUCCGAAACUCCUAGUUACUCACCAUCGGAAGACAACGAUGACGAUGAAGACGAUGAGACGAUCAGCUCGGAAACAGCGACCAGUACCACGGAUUCAGAGUUCAAGUGUCCCAAGUGCGAGGUGGUUUUCGAUGACAUGGGUGCUUUGGAGAAGCACACCUGCCAGUUUGUUUGCAGUAUUUGCAGUGCUGAGAUGAGUUAUAGGAACAGCCUGAGACGGCAUUUGACAGUGAUACACAAGAUCAGCGCUAAGAACUGGCAGAACUAUUGGAAUCCACGGAGCGACUGGGAAGGUGCUCAAAGUCUACUGGUGGAAACUACCAAACCUAAAAAGAGGUAUAGAUACGAAAGCGAUUCUCCCACAGAUAUAGAGGAAGACAGCGAUCAAGUUGAGAAUGAGAAGAGAGAAAUUAGUUGCAAUCAUUGUAGUGAAAAGUUCGAUAGCACCAUCGAAUUGAAAGCCCAUGAUUGCGAUUAUGCAUGUAAUAUUUGUGGGUCUAAAUUUGCUAACCGAACCAACGUGAGACGGCAUAAGAUAAAUGUGCAUAAGAUGGAUCCGAACGAUGUGUCUCUAAGACCUGUGCCGCGAACACCUUCUCGUGCUGCUCCACAGUCUGCAUCAAGACCUGCGUCACGACCCGUUUCGCGGGCUGCAUCUAUGGCGCCAUCGGAAAAUCCAUCCGAGGAUGAACCUUUGGCAGCACUCGCCGCUAAAGACGGCGAAUCAGCGGAAGGAUAUGUGCUUGGAAAGGACAAAUAUCGCUUUUUUUGUACGCAUUGCGAUUAUACCAACAAAAGGAAAGUUCGUCUUAUAAAGCAUAUCGUGAAUGUGCACAACGUUCCGAAGGAUCAAAUUGACGUAGAGAAUGUGCGCAAAGAAACAUUAACUGACAGCGAACGUUCGAAAACACCAAUCAAUCUGCACAGAUUUCGCUCGGCUUCCGUUCCUCGCAAAACGCCAGAUCGCUGUAAAACUCCUUCGGUGCCGAGCCAACACAGAAGUCGUGCCAGGUCCACCUACCUUGACGAUCUGGAUUACAAUAAUAAAAGGAAGCGCUCGCUUUCCGCGUGCUCAAACAAAUCAUCUAAAGUGGCACGAUCCCGUUCGGCUGCCCCUUCGGAAGGUGGUGUGGCGAUUCGUCGCAUCCCGUCGGAUUUGCUUACUCAAGUUUCCGCCAAACUUCGGCCCACUGUAACCGGUAUACAAUCCAAUCGGCUUCAUGUAGCCAUAUUGCCAGGCUGUGAGAUGAUGCCUCCCGAUCAGCCUAUCCAUAUUCGGGCUACAUCGUUUAUCCCGCCGGAAUCUUCCACGACAAAGAAACUGUUCAAACUUCGUGCCCCUGUUCGCAAUGAACGGCAACAGAUCGAACGUCUUCGGGAUAUAUUCCGGAGACCAUUCGGCAGAAAGCCAGGAGCUAGCAUAGCUGGUGUAAAACCACUGGUUGAAGAUGCAGUUCAUCCUGCUCCCGUUCCUCAAUUGACACUGGAAAGUGUCCAACCAGUUCCAGUGCAGACUGCUCCUCUCACGAGAGAACUUUUCAGACCACCCAAUUCGGCCGACCCGGCCGAGUAUGAGAUUAUCGUUAUGGCUGAACCCGAAAGUGUAACGAGUGUACCAAUGGUUACUGCUACUGAACCUCCUGACAACUUACCGGCUGCGGAACCAAUGGAAGUGGAUGAUCCGUUAACUACGCGGAAGUGGACUGGUCCACGCAGGAAAAUUACACAGCGGAGAAAGGUGUUGCCGCCUGUUAGCGAUUCCCUAGAAGUGGACACCAAGGUGCCACUCGCAGAGGCAAUCGAAAUGAGUGUGCCAGAGAUCGAAGAAAGUGGUUCUGCUUCUAAUCUCAAACCAGAAAUAGAAGAAAGCGAUUCUGCUCCUAACCCGAAACCCGAGAUCGUAGAAUGCGGUUCCGUUGCUUCUAACCCGGCGAAUGAUUCGAAUGAAUCUGCGGAACUAGUGGAAUCGGUGGAACAAGGGGAAACUGAGCCAGUGCAGGAGACGAACGAACAGAAUGGACAGAAUGAACAGAAUGAACAAGUUGAACAGAAUGAACAGUAUGAACAUAAUGGACAGAAUGAACAGAACGAACAAAAGGAAACUGGAGAUGAAAACAAUGUGGAUUCCAUGAGUACUGAACAAAGCAAGGAGGAGGGAACACAGUCGGCCGAGGAAAACGAAGAUUUCGAGGAAGUUGUUGUGGAAGUUGCACCUUCAAGUUCUGAAGGUGAGAAUGAAGAACAGGACGAUGACAUGAUGAUACUGCCGGAUUGAGUAAAUUCAUACUAAAAAUAUUGAAGAUGAUUACUAUUUCGACUUUCUAAUAUCAUUUUAAUAGCAAGAUGGUGUUUCUCAAUAUUAUAACAUAAAAUGAUUUUUGAAGAGAUGAAUAAAAAGUUUUUCAGAAGAACUAGUGUGUUACAAGCACACCCAAUAAA